CUCAUUUGCUUAUAUGAUAUUCAAUUUUCUCCUAUUAGGGAAUAAAUAAAUAAUUUAUCUAUUCCCAAACGAGCAAUUAUCGCUGGCUAUUUUAGUCGAGAUUUUCUCGUUUUUCCUGCCAAUUUAAAACGAAUUUUCACAUUAACACCAUGAUUGCUAGAGCGUUUUGCGCUGUUUUAUGUGUUGCAGUUUUUGCAGAGGCUCAAUAUGCUAACAAUGUUUGCAUUUCUUUAGAAGCCUAUUUCAAAAAUAUGACUUCAAAUCCGAAGUGUUGGUACGAUCCUGAAGUCGAUGGAACAGCACAAGAACGAGCUCAAAAUAACGGAUUCCUCCUAGAAGAGCACCAAGUCACCACCGAAGAUGAAUAUACUCUGCCGUUAUACCGUUUGAAAAAUUUGGAUGGUUCCUAUGGAUCACAACCGAUAUUUUUGCAACAUGGGAUGACAGCGGAUGCAGCUUGCAUGAUGGUGAAUAAGGAGAAUUCUAUAUCUUAUUAUCUUGCCAGAAAGGGAUAUGAUGUUUGGCUUGGUAACUACAGAAAUUGUGACUCCUGUACCCAUGCAACUCUUACUACUAGUGAUCCAAAGUAUUGGGAUUUUAGUUAUCACGAAAACGGUCUAUACGAUCUGCCAGCAAACUUCGAAUAUAUCAAAAAUUUAACUGGUCAAAAAAUUAUUCACAUCGGACACUCUAUGGGCUCUACAGGUCUAGCUGCUUAUGCUUCGGUAAAGCCAAUGGAAGCAGAAAAAUACAUUAAACAUGCCAUUUUACUGGCACCAGCAAUAUAUUUUAAGAAAAAUGAUGAUAUUCUUGGUAACAUGGUUGCAACUUUGAAUGAGAUUCUUGCAAUAUUCCCGAUAAUCGGCUAUGACGCCAUCUUGACGAAGGACAGUUUUGAAAGUCUUGCCCUCCAAAGAUUCUUCUAUUCUAGUCUGGAUAAUGCCAAGUUUUUCCACCUUGCACUUUCCACUAUUUUUGGAAAAUAUACACAUCCACCAGAACCCGAAAAAUUUCCGGUUACACUUAACUCAAUUAAAGCAGCUUCUUUCAAAACUCUGAUGCAUUACGUGCAAAAUAUACGUUCAACAGAAUUUAGAAUGUUCGACUAUGGUCCCGAACAAAAUAAGAUCCGAUAUGGCAGAGAAACUCCGCCGGAUUAUGACCUAAGUAAAAUAACAAAUUCAAUUUCAUUGGUUUAUGGUCUCUAUGAUACUUUGGCUGGCAAGGAGAACGUUAAGGCUGUAUACCAAGUUUACCACAAACCAAACUGGGAUAUCUUCGAGAUACCUCAUAACCAUGUAGAUCUGUUAUUUUCAAGAGAUGCUAGAAAAACGAUUCUUCCUUUAUUGUCCAAAAUAAUUGGUAAAGCUAUUAGGAAAUAAGAUUAAAUAAGUUUGUUGUUGAAGCUGCUAAACCUUGAUGGAUUUAUCUACCUACUUAUAUUUAGAUUUAUUUGUUGGUGAAUUUUGCCAUAUUUAAAUUAAUAAAAAUUAUAGAAUAUAAUAAUAUUUUGGCCCG